AUGGCGUCUUCCCCCAUGCGAAUAAGGAGACGGCUUCCUGCGUGGCAGCGGGUCACACGAACAACAUUAUGUUUCAUGGGUCUUGGGCUUUCACUAUAUGCAUAUUACGUUGAAAUGAAGAAGGAGGAAGACAAAGACUACGAAGCAACGUGUGAUUUCAAUGAAUCGGUCAGCUGCUCUAAAGUGUUCACGUCCAGGUAUGGUAGAGGAUUUGGUGUAGUAGAACACAUACUGGGUAAAGACAGUAUGUUGAAUAUGCCGAAUAGUUUAUUUGGAAUUGUGUUUUUCUUUCUGCAGUAUGUAUUAGGUCAAUUUAUCAGUCAUCCCGGAUCGUUUUUACUACUUUCUACAUCUAUAUUUGCAAACAUGGGUUCUGUGUAUCUUGCCUAUAUACUAUAUUAUGUUCUUCAUGAUUGCUGUCUUGUCUGUGUUUCCACCUACGUGGUAAAUUUCUUAUUACUGGUUGUAAACAUCAGACACAACAUCUUUGUCAAGGAAAUGUUAAAGAAAAAGAAAGUGUAA